GUUUCAUGAACGUUUGACAAAGUGUUUACUGGAUGUGCCGAAAGAGAACGAAUACAAAAAGCCUGUACUUAACAAUACAAAAUCAAAUGAUUGUGUGAAAAGCGUGGACCUGAUUCAACAAAAAUGAAACCUCAAAGAGGGAAAACUCCUCGGAAGAGAAAUGCAAAUUCGCCAUUCCAAGAGCCUGUGGAGGUGUACUGUCGCCUUCGACCUUUGGACGACCCAAAUGAGCCGGCUUGUGCUAAGCCAUUGAGCAAUUCUGUUGUGCAGCUGACACCUUCUGAUAACGCUGUGGUUAGAAAUGGACAAGUGAAAGAGUACCAGUACACCUUCCAGAAUGUUUUUGAUGAGUUUUCCUCACAGAAAGCAGUUUUUGACAGAACUGCUUUGCCUUUGGUGGAGGACUUGGUCGCUGGGAAAAAUGGCCUCCUGUUCACCUAUGGCAUCACCGGAUCUGGUAAGACGUACACCAUGACAGGAGUACCUCAGGACCAGGGUAUCUUGCCUCGCUGCUUGGAUGUGCUUUUCAACAGUAUUGGGGAAUUGCAAUCAAAGAAAUAUGUGUUUAAGCCUGAUCGCAUGAAUGGUUUUGAAGUGCAGACAGAGGCUGAUGCCAUGCUGGAAAGACAGAAGAAGGACAUAAUGCCCAAUCUGACCACACCUAGCAAGACUCCCUCAAAACGGCCAGAGUCUGGUGACAUUGAACGAAUUAUGGACCCAACAGCUGUUGGAUCUGUGGAGGACGACAACUGUUACGCUGUCUUUGUUUCCUACAUUGAGAUCUACAACAACUAUGUCUAUGAUCUGUUAGAUGACUUGCCUUACAACCCCAUCACAGGUUACAAGCCGCCCCAGACAAAGAUUCUUCGGACAGACUCUUCAGACAACAUGUAUGUCCACAACUGCACAGAGGUGGAGGUCAAACAACCUCAAGAUGCUAUAGAUGUCUUUUAUAAAGGUCAAAAGCGUAGAAAAGUGGCUCAUACCACUCUGAAUGCCGAGUCAAGUCGAAGCCACAGUGUCUUCAACAUUCGUCUGGUGCAAGCUCCGCUAGACGGCAAAGGAGAGGAAGUGAUUCAGGACAGUGACGAAGAAGCUUAUGAUUCAGACAGGAUCUGUGUUUCCCAGUUGUCUCUAGUCGACCUUGCUGGCAGUGAGCGCACCAACAGGACAAAGAAUUCUGGCGAUCGCUUGAAGGAAGCUGGAAAUAUCAACCAGUCUCUGAUGGUGUUGAGGACAUGUUUGGAAAUACUGAGAGAAAAUCAGACUGCUGGAAAUAGUAAGCUUGUCCCAUAUCGAGACUCACGGCUCACACAUCUGUUCAAGACAUUUUUUGAUGGUGACGGGAAAGUACGCAUGAUUGUUUGUGUGAAUCCGAGGUUCACAGAAUAUGAGGAGACAAUACAUGUGAUGAAGUUUGCCGAGAUGACUCAGGAGGUUCUCAUCACAAAGUCUGUAUCCAACAACAAGUUUGAUAUGGGCCUCACACCAGGCAGGAGACGCUUACAUCAGCAUCAGAUAGAAAAUGGAAGGCUGGAAGAAGAGAUGGCACCUCACCGUCCUCAAAUAGACUUCUCAAUUGGACCUCCUUUCCCAUUACUUGAGCUGGUCACCCCAACUGAUGACUUGACCAUUUGUAAUAUUGGCUUGUGUUUGGAUGAACGGUUGAGGAGGAGGCAGCUGAUGAUCCUCGACUAUGAGCAGUCAUGUGCUGAAUUCCGAGCACAGCUUGUUGAUUUUGAGAAAGACUAUAACUCUCUGCGUAACAAAUGUUCUGAGCUGGAGGAAAGAGCAGCCAUGAGGGAGAAGGAAGCUAGUCGCAUCGAGAGCAAGAACCGCAGCCUGGAGCGUAAGCUGGAGGAGAUGAGUCGGGUUCUCAAGGACCUGGAGAAGGAGAAUCAGUUGUUGGGCCUUCAGGUUCAGGACAAAGCAUGGAAAAUCCAGGUGGAGAAAAACGCCAAGGAAAAGCUGAGAUCUGAUUAUAAAAGCCGCCUUCAGAUGAACAACCAGGCAUGGGAGAAAAAUAUGGAAAAAACUCGACGUCAGAUGGAGAUAGAAGCAGAGAACCAGCUGGAUGAGCGGGACAGGAAGUUGGACAUGUUGCGGGACAUUGUGAACGAACAGGACGCUGUGGUUGCCACACCUCGUACCAGGUCAAGGGCGGGGCAGAAUCCCACACCCAAGCCCAGGACCCACACAACCCCAGCGUCCAUUCAGAGUGCAAGGUCGGAGAUAGACAUGUCUUCCAUCGGAGCCAGCACCAUUGCGUCAUCUGCCCGUGCUGCCGCCGCUGGACGUGCGGGGAACACUCGUGUCCCGCCUCGCUCAGCUGUCCGGAUCCCUGCUGCUAAGUCAAUACCCAACCUGUCACAAGUGGGGCUCACACCCACUACCAGCAAAAGUAGACAGCCUGUGGUGAACCCUCGGUAUCACCGGCGGUCCAAGUCAUCGGGCAAUGCUGAAGUCUGGCUGGAGCACAAGCCGGUGGACUGCGUGGACACAAACACUCUGAUGCAGCCUAAGAUGACCAAGAAGAAGUCUGUGUCCAAGCUGGACGUGAAGGACACUAAAUCAGCCUCUAAGUACGUCUUGACCCACCAGGAGCAGGACUCCAGUGAUGAGCUUGUCACCAAACUUGUUAAGGGUGAUGUCAUCAAGACCCCAAGUGGAGGGUCGGCCGUUGUCUUCAACGAUGUGGAGACGCUCCGGCGACUUUCCCCGGGCACCAGGAAGAGGAGGAGCCCCACCACACCCAUGUACGACCCUGAGAUGGAGUGGACAGACACGGAGGACCGUUGCUCGACGGCUGUGGAGGGACACAAACGCAGUAAAACAACAAACCUCUAGAUAGGAUAAGACUGAGUUACUUCAUCAAGGGUAGGAUAGGACUGGACUGGCAUACGUUACUACCAGAAUGUUACACCUGACGACAGCGGAAGUUGUUAUCGAUCCAGAACGACAGCGGAAGAGAAACAUUGGCCAUCCCCCAUUACGUUAUGAGUCUGCCGUUUGUCUACGGUUUUUAUAAUAAUGAUAUUAAAACUACUUACCCGUGUACAGCAAAUAUAUCCUAUCCUUGUGGAGGCUAAACAAAGUAAUCAAUGUGUUCUGUAUAUAUAGCUAGUAAACCCUUGUUUGUUAGUGCAUUAUUUGGUCUUAUAGAUCAGACUAGUUCUUUUUAUCCCGUGGGUUUCUUGUGUUGGAACAGAUGUUUUUUUCCUUUUUGUAUAGAUCUGUUCUUGCUCUUCUCCUCUCCUUUCCACUGUGAGCGUACAUACCAUCUAGAAAUUGUUUUCUGUCUGGCGUUAGGAUGGACCAAGACUUGAUCAGUUUUGCUACGAAACGAGACAUAUCUGGUUUUAAUAAAGAUUUUUGUUCUUCACCCAUUUACUGAGCAACUUUGUUUUUAGAGUAAACAUGAUGUUAGGCUUCCUUGACAUUUGUUGUAUAAUGAAAUCUUUGUUUGAUUCUUCUCCUUUUAAUUGAUGAAUAAAUCUCCACAUGCUUGUGAAAAAACAUAACAUACAGGACCUAUCCACAUUACUAUGAUUAGGAAGGGAAAGAGCCGCUGACAAAUGUUUGUUGACCACAAGCCAAGUCCCAUUACUCGGGGAAAGAACUUGAUAUGUCGUGAUUUGUCAAAAAGGGUCUUCCGCUUUUGUCUCGUUGUUUUCUCUAAUGAGGAAAAAUUGCGUUUUGAGGAGAGAAAAAAAUGUGCCUAUGUGCCUCACUUUUCUAGAUACGAUGGUCCUAGUUUCAGCCAAACUUUUUUCGUGAAACUGUUCACUGAUAGUGACAUGAAUCAAAGAUUUUAGCUUAGAUUCAUGGUCACAAUCUUAAGGGUUUCUGUGAGUCUGAUGGUUCAAAGAAAUUCAUGUUUUCACAUUAGUGUCUGUGGUGUAUUGGUGUGGCUCUUUAAUGUUUCAUGCAGAAAACGUAAGUUUGAUUCUUGAGCAGGGAAGUUAUUUUAUCAAGUACAUAUCGUGGGUUGUCUAUGACAGACAACAUUGAAGCACAGCCCACUGUCAAAAAUGAUCUACGAUUAUGUCGAUGUGGGUGUAAACAUUUACAGUAAUUACAACCAUGUUUGCAUUUUUCAAAGCGCUAUGGCUACUUUGUGUUGCUAUAGUAAUGUGCUUGACCAGUGUGAAAGAACAUCAGAGACAUAAAUGAUUUGCCACUGAUUUGUGGGUGUUUCUUAAAAAUAGAGUGUUUUGAUAACUAUGGCAGCUGUCAGAAAGAAUGGUGGAAAUGGCCGCUGAGUAAACAAUUACAGUGGAGUUUGUUUAAACUGAAAUCUGCGGGAUGGCCCGAUUUUCUUUUGUUUAGUCAGUGAGCAGAUUUUUUAAAAAGAUGGAUCAUUGUUUUCAGCAAUCAGCUGAGGCGCGUGGCAUGUGAUUGUGAUGCACAAUCAGGAUCAAAGGCUUUUGAUGCGUCCUGCCAGUUUCUUCUGUUUUUACAAAAGUCAAGCCGAUAGCCCCAUCUUCACACUCUCCCUUUUUUUUUCCUAUCUUGACAAUGAUGAGCCCGGUGAGACCUCUUUUAUCAUGCUUUUGUCUGUCACGUUUAUCCUUUAUGAACCUACACAACCCUAGUUUUUGACAUCAAGAGAGAAAAAAUAUCCAUGGCCAUAUAAUAUUAUUAGGAACUUUUAAGCCAGAUUACUCAGUUUUUAUUUGUUAAUUACCAAAACAUAAGACUCAAGCUAGUGGAUGGGCAGCCCUGUAAAAGUAAAAGAUGUGGUUUCACACAUUCAUCAGUUUGUGGUGCAGCUGGUACUUUAGGCUAGGCAACAACAAAUUUGCUUUUGCAACCUCUCCUGUCUACAGACUAAAAAAUAACAUUCUUAAAAAAAAAAAA